AUGGCACUGAUUAAUGCAAGCCACCCUGAAGAGUUCAUUCUACUUGGCUUUGCUGACCGACCUUGGCUGGAGCUGCCUCUCUUCAUUGUUCUCCUCAUAACAUACCCCAUGGCCCUGCUGGGAAACAUCGUCAUCAUUCUGGUGUCCAAGUUAGACCCCCGUCUCCACAGCCCCAUGUAUUUCUUCCUCACCAACCUCUCCUUUCUGGACAUGUGUUACACCACAAGCAUUGUCCCUCAGAUGCUGUUUAACCUGGGAAGCUCCAAGAAGACCAUCAGCUACAUGGGGUGUGCAAUUCAACUUUAUAUCUUCCACACGAUGGGGGGCACAGAGUGUCUGCUCUUGGCGCUUAUGUCCUUUGAUCGCUAUGUGGCCAUCUGUAGACCUCUGCACUACCCGCUCAUCAUGAAUCAGCACAUCUGCAUCCUAUUAGUAUCCGUUGUGUGGCUCAGUGGAAUAACCUACGCUGUCUCGGAGGCCACUAUUACAUUACAGUUGCCUCUGUGUGGAGUCAAUACACUGGAUCACUUGCUGUGUGAGAUUCCGGUUCUGAUAAAGACUGCCUGUGGAGAAAAGGGGGAUAAUGAGCUCACACUCUCUGUGGUGUGCAUUUUCUUGUUAGUUAUUCCUCUAUGUUUAAUCCUUGCUUCCUAUGCUAGUAUUGGCAAUGCUGUAGUUAAGAUGAAAUCUUCUGAGGGAAGGAAAAAGGCUUUUGGGACAUGUUCCUCCCAUCUCAUUGUAGUUUUCUUAUUUUAUGGUCCUGGCAUUAGCAUGUACCUUCAGCCCCCCUCCACCAUCUCAAGGGACCAGCCCAAGUUCAUGGCUGUCUUCUAUGGAGUGGUGACUCCUACACUCAACCCUUUCAUCUAUGCCCUUAGGAGCAAGGACAUAAAAGGAGCCUUAGGAAACCUGGUGAGAAAUAUUUUCAGUUCUAAAUGA